UCGUCAACUUCUCAAUACACGCCCUUUAUUUCCGUGUGUUUCCUUACUGCGCAUUCAUUCGGUGCUCACGCGCUUCACACCGAUCUGCGGGAGCAUCAGAGCGCACGGUCUCCACAUGGCUCUCCGCUGCAGCCGCACCAUCCCUGCGCUGGGGCUGCUGACACUGGCAAUAGUUGGGAUUCUACUAGUGGUCCUUCCAGCUAGAGAGAGGGAGACACCCCCUGAACACAUGUAUGGAAUUGUUCUGGAUGCAGGCUCAUCCCACACCUCCAUGUACACCUACAAAUGGCCGGCUGACAAGCAAAAUGACACUGGUAUUGUUAUCCAGCACAACGAGUGUCAUGUAGAAGGUGGAGGGAUAUCUAGCUAUGCAGGUUUUCCUGGUGGUGCAGCAAAAAGUCUGGAGAUCUGUCUAGAACGAGCUGUGAAGGAUAUCCCCAAAUACAGGCACCACCAAACUUCACUCUAUCUGGGAGCUACUGCAGGCAUGAGACUUUUGAAUAUCAUCAAUGCCACAGAGUCCCAGCGGGUACUGAAGGAAGUGGAGAACAAACUGCGGUCUUACCCUUUCAAAUUCAAAAAUGCAACCAUCCUAGGAGGACAGGAGGAGGGGGCAUAUGGCUGGGUUACAGUCAACUACUUACUUGAAAACUUUGUGAAGUUCGGUUUUGUCGGGCGAUGGCUGAAUCCAGGCAGAGAGACAGUUGGAGCCUUGGAUUUAGGGGGAGCUUCCACACAGAUUGCUUUUGAGACCUCGGAAAAGGUGGAGGACAAGGAUAAUGUGAUGGAGUUGAAGCUUUACGGACAAACCUACAGACUGUACACCCAGAGCUUCUUGUGCUAUGGCCAAGACCAGUUCCUGCGGAAACUGCUGGCUCAUCUUAUCACGACUGCAGGUGUAAAGCCCCAGGUGGCUCAUCCCUGCUAUCCACAACAGUUCAACGUAUCUAUCACGCUGGGGAAGGAUGUCUUUAAUUCUCCAUGCACAAAGAGUUACAGACCAGCCCAGUAUGACCCCCAGAUGACCAUAUCAGUAGUGGGCACAGGAGACUACCAGAGCUGCCUGGACAACAUCAAAAAGUUGUUCUCCUUCGACAACUGCUCUUACUCAAAGUGCUCUUUUAAUGGAGUCUUCCAACCCAACGUGAGAGGAAGCUUCAUGGCAUUCUCUGCCUUCUUCUUCACCAGUAACUACAUCAAACUCCUCACCAACAUCCCUGUCACGUCCCCCAGUCGACUGAAGGAGGCUAAUCGACUCAUCUGCAACAUGACCAUGGCUGAGAUGACUCAAAAGACAAAGCAGAAAGAGAAACACAUGAAGAAUACAUGUGCCGUCUCCAAUUUCGUCCAGGUCCUGUUACUGCAGGGCUACAGUUUCGAUGAGCACUCCCUUCCCUCCAUCUCUUUCCAGAAAAAGGCAGGAGGAGCUUCGGUAGGCUGGGCUUUGGGGUGCAUGCUGACUCUGAGCAAUCUGGUACCAGCAGAGAGUCUAGGAAUGAGGAAGGCUCUGCCCCCAGGGCCCUGGGCUGGCAUUCUCUUCCUGUUCAUCACCCUCCUCCUCGGUGCUUUGGGAUACCUACUGAUGAUGAUCUACAGAAACGCAAGAUUUAAAGAGGGCAUGGUGUAAGAGCAAGGCUGACCCACCUUCAUAUUACUCUUGGAGAAGGCAUGUGACCGUCCAAAAAAAAAUUAUGUGUGCACAACUGUGUGUAAGUGAAAUCAGAAAAGCAGUAAAAUACUAUAAUGUCCUGGAGUCAUUUAAAGCCACCAAACAACAAUUAAUCAUUGCUGUGAUCACUAUUAUUAUUUCUCAUCAUAUUAAUAAAAAUAAUAAACACAAAUACUCCUAAUAAG